UAAACAUGAUGCAAUACAUGCUUCUCUUCAGUCGCCAGGGCAAACUGCGGCUGCAGAAAUGGUACACUGCUUACCCCGACAAGCAAAAGAAGAAAAUUUGCCGCGAACUCAUCACUCAAAUUCUGGCGAGAAAACCGAAAAUGUGUGCGUUCCUCGAAUACAAGGAUUUGAAAGUUGUCUACAAACGAUACGCGUCUCUGUAUUUCUGCUGCGCCAUCGAACAAAACGACAACGAGCUCAUCACUUUGGAAGUCAUUCAUCGUUACGUAGAACUCCUCGACAAAUAUUUUGGAAGUGUUUGUGAGCUGGAUAUCAUCUUCAACUUCGAAAAAGCUUACUUCAUACUCGACGAAUUUUUACUGGCUGGUGAAAUCCAGGAAACCAGUAAAAAACAAGUUUUGAAGGCGAUUGCUGCCCAAGAUCUCAUUCAAGAAGAAGAAACUCCACAAGGAUUCUUCGAGGAUCACGGUUUGGGAUAAUGAAGAUAAUAGUAACAUAAUUUAUUGACUUUGAAAGCUUCCGUAAAUACCAAAUACUUCCACCUUACUUUAUUUAUCCUGGCUAUGUGUCUGGUUGUGAUAAUAUUCAUGUGAAUAAGAGAAGAAAACAUUCAUU